AUGGCUAUCCUAACCGAAGUCAAGACAGGAGUUGCAUCACAGCAGCUGACUGUGGACGCGAAAACAAAAGAACAGCAGACAAAUGAGCUUCUAUCUCAGCUACAGUCGACCAAUACUUUACCACUAUGGGCGCAAAUGUCAAAGCUUAAUCCCCCAGCCCCCAAUCCAACCUGCGUCCCGCACAUCUGGAAGUAUGAUGAGAUUAAGCCAUACUUGCUCCGUGCAGGAGAGCUUAUCACGGAGAAACAAGCUGAGCGAAGAGUACUUAUGCUGGUGAAUCCAGCCAGAGAUGCGCCUUACACUACAGAUACUGUGUAUGCUGGCCUUCAGUUAGUUAUGCCCAAUGAGACCGCUCCGGCCCACCGACACACAGCCUUUGCUAUGCGGUUUAUUAUUGAAGGCAAUGGUGGCUUCACUGCCGUUCAUGGUCGCCGUAUCAAGAUGAACCGCGGCGACGUGAUUCUUACGCCAACCUGGAAUUGGCAUGAUCAUGGCAAGGAUGGGUCCGGGCCAAUGAUUUGGCUCGAUGGUCUCGACUUGCCCAAUUUCCGACACUUCCCCGUGCAUUUUGUAGAGCACUAUGACAAGCCUAGAUACCCUGCCGAGGAUGUCGACACAGACAAUAGCCCCAUUGUGUUCCCUUGGGCUAAGAUGCAGGCUCGCCUAGAUGCUGAAGAAGGUGACUGGGUGACCAAACCAUACCUAAAGGGAGAUGGUAGCGAAGUGUCAAAGAUUCUUGGUGGUUCAGCAGAGAGAUUAAACGCUGGUACCAGCUCCCUAGAAAUCCGCGAGACGGCAUCAUCCGUCUAUCACAUCGUGGAGGGCAGCGGCCACUCCGUCAUUGACGGUAAGAUCUUCGAGUGGAAGAAGGGAGACACUUUCUGUAUCCCGGCAUGGAACAAGUAUCAGCAUUUUGCGAGCGGUGAACGCACGGCAUAUUUGUAUCGGUUUGAUGAUAAGCCCAUGCUGAGAGCUUUGGGAUUUUUGCGGACUGAGGGUGUUGAUGUUGAGACUUUAGUGUCUGAGUGA